AUGCGGUGUAGGAACAUGUUCUUCUCAUUUAAGGCAUCUCUUUGUGGCUGUGGGGCUGCCACCGGUCUGAGUUUGACAGCUAUUGGCUGUACGAUGAACUGCAGUUGCCCAAGUUUCAAACCAGGGAAAAUCAAUCACCGGCAGUGUGAGCAGUGCAGGCAUGGCUGGGUGGCCCAUGCUCUAAGUAAGCUGAGGAUCCCCCCUGUGUACCCCACAAGCCAGGUGGAGAUUGUCCAGUCCAAUGUGGUAUUUGAUAUUAGCAGCCUCAUGUUGUAUGGGACCCAGGCCAUUCCUGUUCGUCUGAAAAUCCUGCUGGACCGACUCUUCAGUGUGCUGAAGCAGGAUGAAGUCCUCCAGAUUCUCCACGCCUUGGACUGGACCCUUCAGGAUUACAUUCGUGGCUAUGUGCUUCAGGACGCGUCAGGAAAGGUUUUGGACCACUGGAGCAUCAUGACCAGUGAGGAAGAAGUGGCCACCUUGCAGCAGUUCCUCCGCUUUGGAGAGACCAAGUCCAUAGUGGAGCUCAUGGCAAUUCAAGAGAAGGAAGAGCAGGCCAUCAUCAUACCACCUUCCACAGCAAACGUGGACAUCAGAGCCUUCCUGGAGAGCUGCAGCCACAGGAGCGCCAGCCUCUCCACCCCGGUAGACAAAGGAAGCCCCAGCAGCAUCCACCCCUUCGAGAACCUCAUAAACAAUAUGGCUUUCAUGUUGCCUUUCCAGUUCUUCAACCCAGUACCCCCUGCCCUGAUAGGCUCACUGCCGGAACAGUUCAUGCCGGAGCAAGGUCAGGACCAGAGUCAUAACCCCAAGCAGGAAAUCCACGAGGGCUUCCCCGAGAGCACCUUCUUGACUUCCGAUUCCACGCCGUUUCAGAUAGCGAAGGAGCAAUGUGUAAACUGUCCAGAGACUGUCAGUCAGAAGGAAGAUAGUGCCCAUUUAAGUGACUCCAGCUCAUAUAACAUUGUUGCCAAGCUGGAAAGGACACAGUUGUCCCCUGAGGCCAAAAUGAAGCCUGACAGGAACAGCCUGGGUGCAAAAAAGGGUCGAGUGUUCUGCACAGCCUGUGAGAAGACCUUCUAUGACAAGGGCACCCUCAAGAUCCACUACAAUGCUGUGCACCUGAAGAUCAAGCACAAGUGCACCAUCGAAGGCUGUAACAUGGUGUUCAGCUCCCUGAGGAGCCGGAACCGCCACAGUGCUAACCCCAACCCCCGGCUGCACAUGCCGAUGAACCGAAACAACCGGGACAAAGAUCUUCGAAACAGUCUGAGCCUGGCCGCCACCGACAACUACAAGCGCCCAGUGUUCACUGUGACCCCCCCAGACUGUAGGCCUCUCCCUGGCUACCCUGGCUCAGGGGAGGAUCCCAAAGGCCUACCAGCUUUCUCUAGCAUCGGGCACAAUGGAGUGCUGUUUCCCAACCUGAAGACAGUCCAGCCAGUCCUCCCUUUCUACCGCAGCCCGGCCACUCCAGCUGAGCUGGCCAACACUCCGGGGAUGCUGCCUUCUCUCCCCCUCUUGUCCUCUUCAAUCCCGGAACAGCUGGUUUCAAAUGACAUACCAUUCGAUACCCUUCCCAAAAAGAAAUCCCGCAAGUCCAGUAUGCCUAUCAAAAUAGAGAAGGAAGCUGUGGCAAUCGCCAACGACAAGAGGCAUCCCCCCAGCUCGGAUGAAGACAUGCCGCUGCAGGUGGUCAGCGAGGACGAGCCUGAGGCCUACAGCCCUGGGUCAGACCGGGCAUCGGAGGAACAGCACCCACAGUCUACACUCAUGGGGAAGCCCCUUCCUGAAGGAGAGGAAGCCCACCACUUCAAAUCAGUGAUCGAGUCCAGUAGAAUCAUCCAGCGAACCCCUGAGCAGGCCACGCUUGACCUGCAGAAGGAGGCUGAGCAGAAGUCAGUGUUGACUUUGAUGCCAAGGGAGGUGGAGGACAGUGGCUGUGACUACCACCUCCCCGCUGGCAUGGAGCCCCUGGGUCCCUUUCCUGACUACAUCAAACUGCAGCAGCGGCUGCUGGCUGGGGGCCUCUUCAGUGCACUGUCCAACAGGGGAAUGACCUUUCCUUGUUUCGAAGAGUCUAAAGAACUGGAGCAGGUGGGUCAGCAUGUGUUAGCGAGGCAGAAGGAAGAAAACCGCUUCCCGUGUGAUAUCUGUAAGAAGACCUUUAAAAACGCUAGCAGUCUGAAAAUGCACCAGAAGAACAUGCAUGCCAAAGAAACGCACCUGUGCACGGUGGAGGGGUGCAGUGCCGCCUUCCCUUCCCGGCGGAGCCGAGACAGACACAGUUCAAACCUGAGUCUCCACCAGAAAGUUUUGACCCCAGAAGCACUGGAGGGCAGUGAAGACCACUUCCAUGCAGCUUACCUUCUGAAAGAUGUGGCCAAGGAGGCCUAUCAGGAUGUGGCAUUCAGCCAGGAAGCCUCCCAGACGUCCGUCAUCUUCAAGGGAACGAGUCGGAUGGGCAGCCUGGUUUACCCUAUUACCCAGGUGCACAGUGCCGGCUUGGAGAGCUACAACCCCGGUCCCCCGAGUGAGGGCACCAUUCUCGAUCUGAGCACUACCUCGAGCAUGAAGUCGGAGAGCAGCAGUCAUUGCUCCUGGGACUCUGACGGGGUGAGCGAGGAGGGCAGCAUGCUCAUGGAGGACAGUGACGGGAACUGUGAAGGGUCGAGCCUCAUCGCAGGGGAAGACGGCUACCCCAUCUGCGUCCUAAUGGAGAAGGCCGACCAGAGCCUGGCCAGCCUGCCUUCUGGGCUGCCCAUCACCUGUCACCUCUGCCAAAAGAUGUACAGUAACAAAGGGACCUUCCGGGCCCACUACAAAACGGUCCACCUGCGCCAGCUCCACAAGUGCAAGGUGCCGGGCUGCAACACCAUGUUUUCCUCUGUGCGCAGCCGAAAUAGGCACAGCCAGAACCCCAACCUGCACAAGAGCCUGGCUGCCUCACCAGGUCACCUCCCAUAA